CCUGAGCUUGACGGCAAUGAAAUGGAAGAUCCCAUAGCAAUAUGCGGGUUCUCCAUCAAAUUCCCACAAGAUGCCACCUCCCCGGAUGCUUUCUGGAAGAUGCUAAUAGAGAAACGCUGCGCCAUGACCCCCUUUCCGGCUGACCGUAUGAACCUCGACGGGUUUUAUCAGACACGAAACAGAGUGAAUACGGUACCGCUGAAAGGAGGCCACUUUGUGAAGGACGAUCUAGCCGUGUUUGAUGCCGGUUUUUUCUCCAUUUCGCCUACCGAAGCGGCCUCCUUAGACCCUAUGCAAAGGUGGCUGCUGGAGACGGCUUACAGGGCUCUGGAGAACGCUGGAAUCCCAAUGGAGGCUGUGGCGGGAUCUUCGACGGCCGUGUAUGCAGGCUCCUUUAGCAUGGACUACAUGCUGCAACUGAAUCGAGACCCGGAAAACCCCCCAACAUAUGCGGCCCUAGGUAUUGGCAUGAGCAUGCUUGCCAACCGACUCAGCUGGUUCUUCGAUCUACGAGGGCCAAGCAUCGGUCUUGAUUCAGCAUGUUCCAGUACGGCAAUGGCCAUCGACAUAGCCUGCCAGGCACUGCGCAGUGGGUCUUGCAACAUGGCCAUGGCGGCGGGCUGCAACCUGGCCUUCUCACCGGAAUCGUAUGUUUGGAUGUCCAACAUCAAUUUCCUAUCUCCGGAUUCCCGGAGUCAUUCCUUCGACUAUCGAGCAAACGGUUAUGCCAGAGGAGAGGGCGUCGGCGUCAUGAUACUGAAACGACUGUCGGAUGCCAUCCGCGAUGGCAACACCAUCCGGGCCGUGAUCCGUUCCACCGGCUCUAAUGAGGACGGCCGAACUCCUGGCAUCACACAACCGAGCGGUGCGGCCCAGGAGCGUUUGAUUCGGGAGACCUACGAGAAAGCGGGCCUCUCCAUGGCCCACACUCGAUUCUUUGAAGCCCAUGGCACUGGGACACCGAUCGGAGACCCACGCGAAGCCCGAGCUAUCGGUUCUGCGUUCCGGAAGUACCGCUCGGUGCGCGAUCCGCUCUAUGUCGGUGCCGUGAAAUCCAAUAUAGGCCAUCUCGAAGCAGCCAGUGGCCUGGCUGGCGUCAUCAAGGCCGUCCUUGUGUUGGAAAGGGGUGUCAUCCCGCCCAACGCCAAUUUUGAGAGACUCAAUCCCAAAAUCGAUGCCGAGUUUCUGAGACUCAAGUUCCCUCACGCCCCUGAACCCUGGCCAACCCCAGGCCUACGAAGGGCCUCUGUCAACUCGUUUGGCUACGGAGGUGCAAAUUCCCACAUUGUCCUCGACGAUGCCUACAACUAUUUGCGCUUGCGGUCGUUGCCAGGCAAGCACUGCACUGUGCCGUCCCCGCCAUGGACUUCCUCGAUUCCAACAUCUAUCUCGAGUGAUGAUCCCCCCCUGACAGGGCCGGACCAUGACUCGCAAAGGCUGUUCGUCUGGUCUGCUGCCGAUAAGGGAGGAAUUGGCAGAAUCGCUGACGCAUACCGAGUUUGGGACGGCCCAAUCAAGGACGACGGGACCUUCUUGAGCAACCUGGCUUACACGCUCGAUAGUCAUCGCAGCCACUUGCCGUGGAGAUCUUUUGCGCUCUUGAAGUCACCGGCCGACUUGAGAGAGUUGCAAUCCUUGUUGUCCUUGCCGGUCCAAGCAUCUCCCAAGGCCCCGCGCCUCGGCUUUGUCUUCACGGGGCAAGGGGCUCAGUGGUUUGCCAUGGGAAGGGAACUGAGUUCCUACCCGUCCUACAGCGCGGACCUGGACCGUGCCGAUAAGUAUCUUGGAAGCAUUGGCUGUCCUUGGUCAGUCACAGACGAACUGCAAAGGCCAAAGGAGUCGUCCAAGAUCGACGAUCCCGAGUUCAGUCAGGCUCUGUGCACCAUCUUGCAAGUAGCACUUGUCAAUCUGCUGCGCAGAUUUGGCAUAAGGCCCUCUGCUGUGGCUGGACAUUCUUCCGGCGAAAUUGCAGCUGCAUAUGCCGGAGGGUAUAUUUCCUGCGAGUCAGCGUGGAAACUCGCCUACCUCCGCGGUCUCUGCUCCGCGGAGCUCGCCAGGGCCUCGAAGGCAGGCCUUGCAGGUGCAAUGAUGUCCAUAGGGCUCUCUCAAAGCGAGGCUGAGAAGCUGAUCGCGAGUAUCAACGGAGAUGGUCACACGUUCGGAAUCUCUGUUGCCUGCGUCAACAGCCCUGGCAACGUGACCAUUUCUGGCGAAGACGCUCUUAUCGACCGACUGAAGGAGCGGCUGGACGACGAGAAAGUAUUCGCCCGAAAACUUCGCGUCCCGUUGGCCUACCAUUCUCAGCAAAUGAAGACCAUAUCGCCAAAGUACAUGUCAAUGAUUGGGUCGAUAUCAGCACCCCCAGACAGCACGGAUAGGGUGCCCAUAAUCUCCAGUGUCACAGGAGAGCGGGUCGUUGCUAGCCGUCUGUCGGAUCCGGCAUACUGGGCCCAAAACAUGGAGUCGCCCGUCCUUUUUUCUCAGGCAAUUACCGCCAUGUGCGCCAAAUCAGAGGCUGACCUGGUCAAGAAGAUCGACCGAAGCCAUCUAAACAUGUCCGUGGUUGACCACCUUGUGGAACUUGGCCCACGCGCGGCACUCCAAGGCCCGAUUCGAGACAUCCUUAAGAGUUUCCCUCGCGGGAAGUCCAUCGGCUACACAUCGGUCCUGAAGAGGGGCCAAUCUGCCAUGGAAACAAUGCUCCGCGCCAUUGGCGAACUGUACAGCAUUGGUUACGCGUUGGACUUGAGGGCAGCCAAUGAGCCCCAGGGGCCUCCUACCGGUCCGAAGGUCGCGCGCUCAAUGCUGGUCAACUUGCCCGAGUACCCCUUUGACCACUCCCAGAGAUACUGGCACGAAAGCCGGCUGAGCCGGGACUACCGCUUUAGAAGCCGGGCACCCUCGGAGCUCUUGGGAGCCCGCUCGCGGGACUGGAAUCCCGCCGACGCUCGGUGGCGCCACUUCAUCCGGCCUGCCGAGAUGCCCUGGGUCGGGGACCACGUCGUCAACGGCUCGACCUUGUACCCGGCGACCGGUAUGAUUGUCAUGGCCGUCGAAGCCGCGAAGCAGCUGAUCAACAACGGCACCAAUGUCAUUGACGGUUACACGCUUCGUGACGUGGACAUCGUUAGUCCGAUCAAUUUGACCCUCGGUGACACGAGAUCGGUAGAAGUCCAGACUUGUCUCCGCCAAGUUGAUUCCAACCCCAUGGCCCAGGUGUUCGAGUUCACCAUUCGGACCUAUAACACGAGUAAUAACGAGUGGAAAGUCAACUGCAAUGGAGUUAUCUCCGCGGAGUUCAAGGCAAUUCCAGGUGCCGCAGACGAGUGGGAGCUGGCAAGAAGGACUGGGCAGCGGCAACGUAUUUCCGAGCGAUUUUCAUCCAUGGUACGGUCAUGCCGGAAGCCAGUCGACUGCCAGAAAAUGUAUGCUUAUCUGAGACAAUGCGGCUACGAGUAUGGCCCACUGUUUCAGGGAGCACAGCAGCAGCAUUACAACGAGCAUGAGCGGCAGGCAACCGCCCAAGUCGCCCUCUUCAGCAACUCGGUCGAAGAUCACGUUAUCCACCCGGCCUCGCUGGAUGCCAUCUUGCACCUCGCCUUCACCGGCUUAACGUCAGGAGGUUCUCGGCCGAUGGCCACCAGCAUUCCUUCUCGCAUUGGCUGCCUCUGGAUCUCGGACAAGGGCCUGAGCUGGCCAGACUGCCGGGCUGUGACGGCCUGCUCUGACAUCACCAAUAUCACAAACCGCGGUUUCUCGUGCAACGGCGCCGCCCUGGAUAGCGACACCCUGACGGAACUGAGACUGUGGUACGAAGGCGUCGAGCUAACCAACGUGACGCACACUCCGGCGGCGUUUUCUCUUCCCAACCCGAAGCAGUUCUGCAUGAGUGUUGAACGCAAAGUGGCUCUUAAUAUGCUUGAGCCAAGCCAGAUCUGCUCUCUCCUUGAGGCCAUGCACCCAGCCGACCAAGACCUGUCUGGCUUUUACCGAGACAUUGGGCUUCUUAUCGAGGUCACUCUUGAAAGGCUGUCGAAGUGCAUCGACCCUAGCACCUUCAGUGCUGAAGACCCGUGGAGACGGCAAUACUGGAGAUGGGCCGAGCACCAUCUCGCCCUUAGUCGCCGCAAGCGUCGCGGGGAUGAUGAUCCACAUCCGGAUAUGCAAAGGACAAGCCUGUAUGACAUGGAUAUACAGAAACUCGCCGACAGAUUGGAAAACGCCAACGAAAUCGGCCGCCUCUAUGUCCAGGCAGCUGCUCAUCUCGAGGGGCUUAUCAAGGGGGACGAAAACCCCCUCGAGCUCUUCAUGCAGACUGGCAUGCUCAAGAACUACUAUGCGGAGCUCUCCAAGUCCAAGUGUACCAAGCAGGCAACAGCAUACCUAGACCUGCUGGCGCACCAAACUCCGGGCUUGACUGUUCUCGAGGUCGGCGCAGGGACGGGGGCGACCACGCGAAACCUGAUCCGUGCCCUGCAAUCUUCUUCCCAAGGGUCUCUUCGCUGUCAGAGAUACGACUUCACCGACGUCUCGUCAGCCUUCUUGGACAAGGCGCGAGAAGAGUUUGCCCCUUAUCAGUCUCAAAUGGGCUUCAAAACGCUUGACGUGGAGCAAGAUCCAGGUGAACAAGGCUUUGAGGAGGCGUCUUAUGACAUCGUCGUUGCCGACAACGCGCUGCACGUCACGUGCAGCCUCGCCAAAACACUGCGCAACAUGCGAAAGACGCUCAAGACUGGCGGAAAGUUGGCCAUGCAUGAGUUCCUCACCCCAGACGGAUGGACCGCAGGCUUUGUGUUUGGCGUGUUCCCGGGAUGGUGGUUGGGCUGCGACGACGGCAGACCGCUCUCGCCACACAUCAAUGCGGAUACCUGGGAUACUCUUUUGAGACAGAACGGAUUCUCGGGCGCUGAUAUAAUCCUGCGAGACACAGACGAUGAAGUGGCGCAUCACGCGGCCUGGAUCAUCGCCACGGCGGUAGACGAGUCGCCGCGCCUUCAUGCUGCGCUGCCUCUUCCCGAAGUCAAAGCAUGCAAAGUGGCUCUCGUUGCCAAUCUAACCUGCCUCAAUCAACAGAUCUUGAUUCAACAUCUUGAGGCUCCACUAAGGGAGGUCAUUGGAGUGGGGCCGCGUGUCUUGAGCCUGGCAGAAGCAGUUGGCUCUCUUGAACACGUUGGACAGGCCAACAACGAGCUCGUGAUCAUGCUAACCGACUACGGAGCACCCUUCAUCGCCUCCAUAAACGACAAAAACACAUGGCGACAACUGCAGUCUCUUAUCCAAAGGACGCGCCAUCUCCUCUGGGUAAGCUCGGGAGGGGGCCGCAAGCCCGCCCCCGAGCACGGUAUGCUGGACGGUCUGGCCAGGACGCUGCGAUCCGAAGACUACGGGCUUCACUUGGUCACGCUGGCAUUGGAUCUUGCCUCGGGCCAAUGUGAGCUGAAUGCGGCCGGCUUGAUUAUGAAGGUCGUACGAGAGAUGGCGUCCCAACUGACAGCGAAGAGUUACGAGGAGGAGUACAUCGAACUUGACGGCCUCCUACACACAAAGCGUCUCGUUGAAGCCUCGCCAAUCAAGGCCAGUAUGAAUGCGAAACUCGUGCCCUAUGAAGUUGCUCCCACCCCGGUGGGCGGCCCAGUUCGGUUCGAGCUGUCCAACAGGUCCAUGUCGCGUUCCCGGGGUGCCCAAGACACGCCGCAUUAUGUCGAGUCGCUUGCAGAUGUCGCCGCAGAAGGCCUUGAGCACCACCAGGUGGAGAUCUUGGUCAAGGCGGUAUCGCUACAGCGCGGAUCCAGGAACGAGGAGGAGGACGCCAUCCGCGCCAGCUACUGUGCCGGCCUAGUUCUCCGUGCCGGGAUCAAGGCCGAGUUCCAACCCGGCGAUCGCGUCAUUGCUGCUACCACCGGCACCCUGCGCUCGCAUGCCAUAGUGUCGUCUGACGCGGUCGCCAGCAUUGCAGAAGACGUGUCUUUCUCUGACGCGUGUCGUGAUGCACCCAUCUUAACCGAUGCGCAUCAUGGUCUGGUCGAGGUUGGCCAUGUGAAGGACAGCGACUCGGUGCUGGUCCUUGAUGGAGCCAGCCCAUUGGGGGAAGCCGCCCUGCGGCUGCUGGCCGAUCGGGGCAUCACGAAUAUCUGGGUGACAGCCUCAAGCAGUGACGAGUGCGCCUUUAUCGAGAGCAAUUUCAACCUGUCGGAAGAUCGCAUCCUGCCUCAGUCGUGGCUCGACAACCAUUCCAUUGUCAUGUCGCAGUGGAAGGCGCAUUUCGAUGUCGUCUUUUCUCCCGCCGCGGAUCCAAUGGGGCCACCGUUGGAUGUGAUGAGCUAUCUGGGGCCAGGCGGCCGCCACAUCAUCAUCGGCGCCCAACCCUCGUGCAGGGGGGCCCCUACUAGUAGUAGUACCUACGGAGUCCCGCGAAAUGUGUCCACGUUCGUCAUCCCACCGGCCGAGACCACGACCCCAAGAUCGCUUCGGCAUGCCGUUGCCUUGUUGGAAUCUUCGACUCUGCAGAGCCCCAAACGCAGCUUGGCCGCCAACUUUCCUGCCUCGGAUCUAGCCAGCGCCGCUCAACGCUUACAAAAGGGGGGCUUGCACGAGGUCAUCGUGGUCCGGCUUGACGAGCCUGAUGUGGUUGAGGUCCGGAAGCCAAACCGUCGCCGGUACAUGUUGGACCCAGAGGCGACCUAUGUAAUCGCAGGAGGGCUCGGGGGUCUCGGCCGAGCAGCGGCGCGCUGGCUUGCGAGUCGCGGUGCCCGGUUCUUGAUCCUGAUCUCGCGGCAGAGCAAGCCGCGAACCGACGAAGCGCGUGCGCUCUUGGCCGAACUCGCCGAGAAGCACGUCCACGUCGAGACGCCACCUUGCGACGUGAGUGACAGGGCUGCUUUGCGGUCCGUGUUGGCCGACUGCGCAAAGAGGAUGCCGCGCAUCAGAGGAUGCAUUCAGUCAAGCAUGGUCAUGAAUGAAUCCAUGUUCCCGGAAAUGGAUUUCGACACCUGGAAAUCGUCCGUCGACCCCAAGGUGGCGGGGUCUUGGAACCUCCACGCGGAGUUGCCGUCAGGCCUAGAUUUCUUCAUCCUCCUGUCGUCCAUCAUGGGAAUCCUAGGCACCGUCUCGCUGGCGGGUUACAAUGCGGGGAAUACAUACCAGGACGCUCUAGCACGGUACCGCGUGGCCCAGGGCGAGCGGGCGGUGGCGCUCGACCUCGGGCCCGUGCCGGACGACGGCUAUCUCGUGGAGCACUCGGGCUUCCUGCGCGGCCUGGAGCGCACCGACAAGUACGCGCCGACCUACAUCAAGGAGAUCUGCGCCUUAUUGGACGUGUACUGCGAUCCGGACGGACCCGCAAGGGCUCUCGCGCGUGACAACGAGACGGGUUGCCAGACCAUCAUCGGCGUACGCCCGCCCGCCCACUGGAAGCACGCCGAGGAGGUCCCCGCGACCAUGCAGCGGCCCUUCUGGGGCCACAUGCAUCACGUACCACCUCUCUCGGUACUCUCCCGGGCCGAGGACUCGGAUCGCGAUGCCGGCAACUCGGCCGGGCGCAGGAGCAAGCGGGCUGCCGCCGAUGCCGACGCCUCCGGCCGAGUCGCCGCGGCGGCAACCCUUGGCGAGGCCGCCGAGGUGGCGUGUGAAGCUCUGACCCACCGCGUGUCGGCUCUGCUGGGCAUGGCUGAAGACCGCCUCGAGCCGCAGAAGCCCAUGCACUCGUACGGCCUCGAUUCACUGUCAGCAGUGGAGAUUCGCAGCUGGGUCGUCAACGUUUUCAGUGUGGACCUUCCACUGUUUGAGAUUUUGGGCGGCGCAAGUUUUGCUGAUGCUGGUUUGUUUAUUGCGCGUAGAGUUCAGUCCAAGUCGUAGAGGCAUGCACGAGUUCCUUAGCGGAUACCCGAAUGAAGGGGUGGCAGUGCAAUCGAAUGUCCACUACCGACCUGUAUGUAGUUAUGUCGGAGGGGCCGGGGAAGGUAUGUAGAGAGGUUCAAUGUAGUGUGCGCGAUGGAAAAGCAGUG